UCGCCCGUGCUACAGAUGGAAGACAGACAGGUCGGGACUGGAAACAGAGCUCAGGCAGCAAUGCAGACUUCAAAUAGUUAAACAGCAGACUCAGAAGACCGCUCUAUAUUGUUAAACGAGCUUGCGUAUGGCUAUGUAGGACAGUGCCGAUCGCCAGACCAUUCUCGCUAUCGGGUCGAAUGAGGAGCUCCGUGCAAGCAGCUCAGUCCAGCGUGCGUUUGGCAAAGCUGCUGGAUCCUGGUCUUUAAGGAGCAGCAGACCGCCGCUGUUUGAUUUUAGUAUAUAUUUGUGCUUCGCCGCCGGGUGAUAAAUUCUCGUUGGUACUGAUGCUGAGCGCCCCCCCUCUCUUUCUCCAACUCAACACCAGUGCAAGUGUGCACAGCUCGCCUUGUUCGCUCGGUGUUUGGUUAUCUCUCGCUCAUCCUCCGCACCUAUAGAAAAGUUUCAUCAGUGUCCGUGUGUAAAUUAUAUAUGCGGUUGCAAAAAAAAAUGAGAGAGGGAACCUGAAGCUCUUGAAAAGGCUGGGACACAGUGACUUCGUGCAUCGGGAAUUCUUAACACCGCCGUUCGCUGGUGCCUGGAGACGCACUUUUACUGUUAAACUAGAGGAUUCUGUUCAUACUCUCCGUUUUAUUCUUUGCCUUCAUUGCUUCUCCGGUUCCGGAUCGAUUUCUAUUUCAUUUUGCAAAUAUAUUUCUACCAAUGACUGGGUCAGUUUCAAACAUUUGAAGUUAUCUCUCACCGGCCCAAUGGCGUUGCCCGGUUAGUGCUUCUCCGUGUGAAAUUCUGUUGGAUUAUAACUAGAUUCGCUCUUAUUUAUUGUUGCCAAUACAGUAUAAAUAUUGUUUAAAACCACGGAGGGUGUAGGAGGUUUACAUGACUGUUUUUUCUGGCCCGUGCGCAGGGCAGAGGAUAAAACCACAAUCCUGGAAGGCUUUCUUUCCCCCUAAUCAAUUGGAUUGCAGAGAGGAACGAGAGGCAAGGGGGUGAAGGUAAAUCUACGCCCCCCUCCAUCCUCCUUACUCCCUCUCUCGUUUUCACUCCCCUUUCGGCGCUCGGUAUUAAGCACGGUGGUCACCGGCUCAGAGGGAACCUCCGCUGGAAAAUUAAGGAGAAUAACAUUCCAAAAGGAAGGAAAUGGAAGUUAACCCCGCGAUCUUUCUAGUCUCGAUCUGGUGCUUUCAUAGCACGGUACUUGUGACUGCGGAUUCCAUCAUUCAUAUAGGAGCAAUUUUUGAUGAAUCUGCCAAGAAAGAUGAUGAAGCAUUUCGCCUAGCUGUUACUGACCUCAACACGAAUGAGGAUAUUCUUCAGACUGAAAAGAUUACGUUUUCUGUAACAUUUGUGGACAGCAACAACCCUUUCCAAGUUGUGCAGGAAGCAUGUGACUUGAUGAACCAAGGUAUAUUGGCCCUUGUCAGCUCUGUUGGUUGCAUGUCUGCGGGUUCUCUCCAAUCCCUGUCGGACGCCAUGCACAUCCCACAUCUCUACGUACAAAGGACGCCAUCUGGAUCACCAAGAAGUGGCUGUGGCCUUAAUAGGUCAAGCAGAAGUGAGAACUAUACCCUCUUCAUCCGUCCACCUGUCUAUCUGAAUGAAGUUAUCCUCAAGGUUAUCUCAGAGUUUGCCUGGCAGAAGUUCAUUAUUUUCUAUGACAGUGAUUAUGAUAUCCGAGGAAUACAGGAUUUUCUGGACAAAGCCUCCCAGCAGGGAAUGGAUGUCGCUCUGCAGAAAGUGGAAAGCAACGUCAAUAGGAUGAUCAGCACCAUGUUUGCCACAAUGCGUUUGGAAGAGAUGAAUCGGUACCGGGACACACUACGACGUGCUAUUCUAUUUCUGAGCCCACAAACUGCAAAGGCCUUUGUUUCUCAGGUCGUUGACUCCAAUCUAGUGGCUUUUGACUGUCACUGGAUCUUCAUAAAUGAGGAAAUGAGCGAUGCUGAUGUUGAGGAUUUGGUGAAACGGUCGAUUGGGAGGUUAACGAUAAUUCGGCAGACCUUUCCCUUUUCUUUAAAUGCCACUCAAAGCUGUCUCCGUGGUAAGCACAGAAUCUCUCCAUUACUGUGUGAUCCCAAGGACCCCUACAAGCAGAACAUGGAGAUCACCAACCUCUACAUCUAUGACACUGUGGUUCUGCUGGCCCAUGCUUUUCACAAGAAGCUGGAGGAUCGGAAGUGGCACAGUAUGGCCAGCUUGACCUGCAUCAGGAAAAACUCAAAGCCUUGGCAAGGUGGACAUUCCAUGUUAGAGACCAUCAGGAAGGGAGGAGUGAAUGGAAUGACCGGCUUUCUGCAAUUUAAAGAUGACGGUGGAAAUCCAAAUGUGGAAUUUGAAAUUCUGGGGACGAAUUAUGGAGAGGAUUUAGGAAGAGGGAUCCGUAAGCUUGGCACAUGGAACCCUGAUUCUGGGUUGAAUGGAUCGCUGACGGACAAAAAGCUGGAAAACAACAUGCGGGGUGUGAUGCUACGUGUUGUAACACUACCAGAGGAACCUUUUGUUAUGGUAUCUGAAAACAUACUUGGGAGAACAAAGAAAUAUUAUGGAUUCUCUAUUGACGUCUUGGAUGCCUUGUCAAGUUACCUGGGCUUCAAGUAUGAAAUCUACGUGGCUCCCGAUCACAAGUUUGGCAGCCAGCAGCCUGACGGAAACUGGAAUGGGCUGAUUGGAGAACUUGCCUUCAAGCGGGCAGAUGUGGGAAUCUCAGCCUUGACCAUUACACCAGAACGGGAGAGCGUUGUGGACUUCACCACUCGUUACAUGGACUACUCAGUGGGGUUUCUUCUGAAGAAGGCAGAGAAGACAGUUGACAUGUUUGCCUGCCUGGCUCCAUUUGACUUCUCUCUCUGGGCAUGCAUUGCUGGCACAGUGAUACUAGUCGGCCUACUGGUGUAUCUGCUGAACUGGCUGAACCCUCCCAGGCUGCAGAUGGGUUCCGUCACGUCCACCACCUUGUACAACUCAAUGUGGUUCGUCUACGGUUCAUUUGUCCAGCAAGGUGGGGAGGUUCCUUACACAACCUUAGCCACUCGAAUGAUGAUGGGUGUUUGGUGGCUGUUUGCGCUGAUCGUCAUAUCCUCUUACACAGCAAACCUGGCAGCAUUCCUUACAAUUAACCGCAUUGAAAACUCCAUUCAGUCCCUGCAGGAUCUUUCAAAGCAAACAGACAUUCCUUACGGCACGGUGAUGGAGUCAGCUGUGUACGAACAUGUUCGAGUAAAAGGAAUGAACCCUUUUGAGAGAGACAACAUGUACGCACAGAUGUGGAGGAUGAUCAACAAGGGUAACGGGACAGAAACCUCGGUGAAGGAUUCCCAGGAAGGCAUUCAGAGGGUGAAAGCUGGCAACUAUGCUUUUGUGUGGGACGUGGCAGUGUUGGAAUACAUCGCCCUAAACAGCCCUGACUGUUCUUUGUUCACUGUUGGCAAUGCUCUGGCAGACCGAGGAUACGGCAUUGCCCUCCAACAUGGCAGCCCUUACAGAGAUAUCUUUUCCCAAAGGAUCCUGGAGCUUCUGCAACAUGGAGACCUUGACAUCCUGAAGCACAAGUGGUGGCCAAAGACAGCCCAGUGUGACAUCUCCUCCCCAAACAGAGCCCAGCAGAAAGGCAGUGCGCUUGACCUGGCUAGCUUCGCCGGUGUCUUCUGUGUUCUGGCAGCUGGAAUAAUCUUGGCCUGCCUCAUAGCGAUCGUGGAGAACUGGUGGAACAGGCGGAAGGGAUCUCGUGUCCCAUCCAAGGAGCCGUUUCUACACAGUGGGAUGGAGAACAAGGUCUACAAUUUGGAUGAUAAGGAGAUUGACCUUGAACACCUACACAGACGAGUCAACAGCCUCUGCACAGAUGAUGACAGCCCCCACAAGCAGUUCUCCACCUCGUCGGUAGACCUGACUCCCCUGGAGGUGGACACCAUUCCAACGCGACAAGCUCUCGAACAGAUCAGCGACUUCAGAAACACGCACAUCACCACCACUACCUUCAUACCAGAGCAGAUCCAGACUAUAAGCCGCAGCCUGUCAGCUAAAGCCGCCUCGGGCUUUUCAUUCGGACCAAUGCCUGACCACCGAACUGGCCCCUUCCGAAGCAGGGCACCCAACGGUGGCUUCUUCAGAAGUCCCAUUAAAACCAUGUCCUCCAUCCCCUACCAGCCAACUCCAUCAUCUGUGUACAACCUCAACAACGACCCCGACCGGGGCACCUCUAUUUGAAUGUCACAUUUCAAGCCCUUUUCCUUCCAACCAGGACUCAGUUUGUGAGACAAUAGAAUUUGUGGUAGGACUAACCUGAACAUGCUUUCUCUUUGUUUUUUUUUAAAACAAGAAGCCAGGAUCUUAGUUACAGCUUUCCCAGAUAUAAUCGCAAUAACCAGCCUGUUUGAAGCAAGUAUGUUUAUUUCUGCUGCAUCUGGAUUCAAUGCUUUUGCUGAUGACUAUUUCAUGUGAUAUCCCAUUUUGGACCAAUAGCACGACUUACCAUUAAAAGUAAUGAACAUUCAGGCCACAAAUUCCAGAACGUUACAUCUUAUAGGGCUGCUUAUAUAUGAAGCCAUCACGUGCUUGUAGAGAUAUUUCUGGCAUAUUGUUUCAAAGACAGAAAUAAAGUUAACGUGUGUGUGAUCCUUGCAUAAUUUUUUUAGAAAGGGAGAAAGGUUGAGAGGUUGUACUAUAUGCAGGUGUUUUCUACUGUACAGUUUAGAUUAAAUCCAGUUUUUUUCCACAUGCCCAAUUCUGUUGGUCCUCUAUUCCAGGGUAUUAGUAAAUUCAUUAUUGCCUGAUGUAAAUGUCAGCAUUUCCUUACUGGGCAUAGCCUUUGUUCCCACUGCUGAAGGGAGCAAAAUGUUAAUGCUGAGUCUUUUGGUUCUUUGCAGCUGUAUAACAGUGUUUCUGGGCAGCGAAUGACAGAUAUUAACUCUUUAGAUUAGUAAUGCACAUCUUGAUUUAAAUACUCACCAGAAUAAGGAAUUAUAGUUUUAAAAAUCUAAACACAGUUUCAUGCAAGCUUUGCAAGAGUUACAUUUAAGUUAUCAAAAAGCAAAAUCGUCCUAAUGUUUAAAACAAAUUGAGCUAAUAUAUAACGUUGUUGUAGUUUAGCUCGUAGCUAUCAUACUUUUACAGCACAGAGGAAGCCAUCCAACCCAUUAUUUCAAUUCCAUCUCUCUGAUCCAAAUAAUUCUCCCGCUGCAAUCUUUCUUGGAAAUAUUCUUCAAAUUCCUUUUGAAGAUUUCUUUCAAUAUGAACUUAAUGGAGAGCAGAGAAAAGUAGCAAACUUGUCAACAGCAGCUGACUGUUCAGAAGAUGUUGUCCCAGAAAGAAAUGAUUGUACCACAUGAAUCAAUUGAUGUCAUUUGAAUCUUUAAACAAUUAGUUUGACUAAAUGGCUCAAUUUCACACAAAGAUUUAUUCUUCAACUUGUUUUGAAAUUUAAGCUGUUGAGAAGGCACUGGAUUUGUUUUUCAUUCUAUAAAUCUAAAUUAAACAAUGUUGUUUAAAAUAUGAGCACAUCUUUAUGUGGAGGCCAGAGGGUCUAUCUGCUUCAUGCACAUGGGAGCAUUACUUUUGUAUUAACUUUGCAGCUUUAAAAGUUGGGGAGCUCAUGAAGCAGUAGUCAAACCAUGAUAUUAAUAUAUUUACAUCAAAGAUCAGAGGAAAUGGACAAGGCAGUGAUUGUCUAGAAAAGCCAGUGACACUCUUCACUAUUAGAUGUCUGUGGGAAAUGUCCUCAGUUAGAACUGGGAAUCAUUGGUAUUUGUUCAUUGGGAUUAAGCUUGUUGCCAGAGAUCCAAAAUGCAGCAGCAUGCACACUUGUAAAUGAAAUUAAGAUGUACAGUGAAAGUACUGGCACUGACACAGAGAAAGUUCAUCACAGAUAGUAAUCCCAGGCAGAUUAUGUUGCUAUUCAAUGGCUUUAUGGCCACCAUGCUAUGUUGGACUUUUCUGCUCCCACCAAUUGUGAUUUGUCUCUUGGCUCAGCAUGUGCACUACCAUUCUUUAUUGAGAUCACCUAUCACUGGAAACUUCUGAUUUCUGUUGUCUGUUGCUAGAAUUCCUUAAUAAAAUGAUGAGCUUCUGACUUUACUUCAUUGCUAAAGCAGUGGUGUGGCAGGUAUUGAAGCAAGUUGCCUUGACUUUGAAAGCUCUGCACAAACUGGUGACUGUUGGACCUGAGUGCUGUGGAUAGUCAUCUGGGGAGACGGUACAGUGGUGGGAGCACAGAGUAGUAACUUUUGAAGGAAUAGGAAGAAGGAGAUGUUGGAAGAAAGAAAUUCAAGGGGAGGAUAUUUCCUUCUAGAGUGGCCAUGGAGCAACUCUCCCAUCUGGAUCUCUAAGCAGCAUUUCUUCAUAAAGAUUUUGCCAUAGUCACAACUACAGACGUAGAGCAGGACAUGGACCAAAUGCCAGAAGCUGUCAUGAUAACUGUGACAGUGAACUUUUUGUUAUGCAUUCAUUUGCUUUCAGGUUGGAGUUGGGGUUAUUUAUAACAUAUCAGUUUCCCAGCGGCAAUCACACAAGUGAAAUCACUGAGAGCCCCAAUUCAAAUGGACAUUGCAUUCUCUUCCAUGCAAGAGCAAGUAGGUAAAAGAAACCAGCAGCUUUGCAGGCUUCAUGCAAUGGGCUGUCAUUGACCCCAUGCGUAAUGUGCUGCUUUGCAACUCAAUCACAGCAAAAAGGAAUUUGCCCUCUGUGUCACCCAGUCUGUGACCAUAACCAGUGAACCGUAAAGGACACCCUAGUGUCUGGAGCACACUUCGUUCUGUGCUAACUACAAGGUUGGCCACAUGUAAGAACAGGCACGGCUCUUUGACAACUUUAGAGACCUUGUGAUGUGCAAGCAACUCAAUGAAAGGCAUAAAAUGUGAUCGAGCAGACUUUGGUGUGCUAAUGCUUCAUGCCCACAUCCUGGGGCAGUUUGGUGGAGCCUCGAUGGAUCUGCAGAGCAUUUAGAGAAUUGCAUCAUUAUCUAUAUGACCCUGAAAAAAUUGGACACAUGCAAUCAAUCUAAGGAGAAAAUAGGAGGGGAUUGUCUCACUCCCAUCCUCUUUUUGCCCUGUUUGCCCAUUCACUGAUCCAAUUUCCCUCAACAACAAUAAUUCUAACCUUACCCUUCCUCUGAGUACUGACUUUAAUGGGAAUAGUCACAAUAUAAAAUUAAAAGCCAUGACAAAAUAAACACUAAAAGCCAUUGAUACAGGGACUUGGAUAGGAAAGGCUUAGAGGAAUUUAUGUCGGAUGCAGAUAAGUAGGACUAGCUUAGAUGUUCUGUACUGACAAAUUGGGCUGUAGGGCCUGUUUCUGUGCUCGGUGACUCAAACUCUAUGAUGCUAUAUAAUAACUAAUUCCAUAUAAGGGUAAAAUAUUGUGCAUUUGCUUGGCACAUACCUUCCAUAUUCCUUUGUCUGCUGCAUUCUUCUGCCGUUGUCUGCUCCACACUUGAUUGUAGACAGUGGAGGAGGCAGCAAAUGGACUUGGAAGAUGAUCUCACAGAAACUUGGGCUGAAAGAUAUGGCUUGAGACUGCACCCUCUCACCAUGGUGAUAGCAGAAGCAUAGAGACAGGAGUGGGGCAACAAAUAAUGAGCAAAGUGCCUGCCAUACCUCCAGUAGAUUGUUUCAGCAGUGCCCAAUAUUCCCAGUAUCUGAGGACAUACUGCUUGGCUGCACAAAACGUCUUUGAAAAUCGUAAUUCACAUUUAUAUGACAGCAGAAGUCAAAAGGCAGCAGGUAAAGCACCUUCAAUAACACUCAAGAUGCUGGUUGAUCCAGAAACUGCGACUACAACACUGCAAUCACACCUGUAAAGGAUGACUCUAAGCUCGGCCUGGUGCCAAGUUGGAACUGGGUUCAUCUUUGUUUCUUGACUUUCCUGCAAACUUCCUGAAGUCGGAAGCAUUUCAAUUGUGCAGACCAUUCAGCCUUCAUGGCAACACAUUGAAUCCUCUGGGAAUGUAGGACUUUGGCUUUACUUUGCUCUGGAUGUGGCGCCUGAUCCUAUAAAUUAUCACUAGGCCCAAUACUUGAGCUGGAGGUCACAAGUGUGAAGUAGACAGUUGGUGUGACUCUCAUCUCUGGCUACUGUACACUGCCCUUAUAUCAGGAUAGAGAGAGAUGAAAAAGAUGAUGGUGUGGUGAGGAAGAGAAAGUAAGAGAUGAAUGCUCAUUCCCUACUAUAUAUAAAUCAAUAUAGUGUAGCUUGACAGAGAAUUGGUUUGUGAGGAGGAGAGUUAACUAUGAGGACGUGAUCAUUCCCAUUGUUUCACGAUACUGCUUGUCACACCAGUAGGUAAUAUGGUUGUUCUCUUAACAAUCAUUAUUAUCGUCUCUUUGGGCUUGUUAAAACAUCUAGGUAUACUAGUCCCUAUUCAUUAAGCUUCUGUGCUCUCUCUACAAGACACACACAACUAUGUCAGUGAAUGUUGUGCAUGUUAGUUCAAGUGAGCUGUGAAGUGUCAAUGUGAGGACUGAGGAAUAUGCAGUGGAGUAGCUGAAUGUUCUGCAAGUUGAUUGGUGGUCAUUUUAGUAAAUGUUUAAUGGAUGUGGCUUAUCAUGCAGUGGUUUGAAGUGAGUGCAGAAGUUGGUGUGAUAUGGAAGUUGAAGAUGCAUUCAUUUACAUUGAUUUAUUGUGCGAUAUUGUUGAUUUUUUGUAUUAGUACAGUAUUCAAGUAGUCAACGUUAAUAUCUGACACUGUCGAAUGAAUGUGUACUUGGAGACCACCGUCAACCCCACCCCACCCAGUUCCUGAAAGAGGACAUCCCUCUGACAUUAUUUCUCCUCCAGAUCUGUAUCAGAACUGCUGCCUCCCAUAGUUUUCCAUUUAUCAAUGAAUUUCAACUUAGAUGUAGUUCAAUAAAGACAUCUGUUUAAAACAUGCAGUAUACCGUUAACUGCAAUGCCUUCCACGUAAUUAUAUUUGCCCCAGGCUUAUGGGUUUCAUGUAAUGAACAGCAAGGUUGAAAUUACCUGGGCACUCUAGCCAACCAAAUGAAAAGACAUCACACAGUUGUUGUUCUACCUGCAAUCUAAUCAACCGAUAUGUUUUAAUCAUAAUGCCAAUCCAAUUAAUUCCUCUGUAACUCUGUAAGAAGCAAAUAAUAAUUGAGAUUCAUGGUGAGUUUUCCUUACCUUUAAUAAAUUUUUUUAAAAAAAGAAAAUCAAAAAACUGGUAGUUAGAAAGCAGCUACACUUUUUCUGUGUUUGAUAACAACUUUAGGUGUGCAUUAACUCAAAUUCUGUGAAAAACUGAGAUUUUAAAAAAUGGCUCAUGGCUGUUUCUUCUGAAUUAUCUUGUUCAGCACAACUGAACAAACAUAAAAAUAUAUAUUUUGAUGCUAAUUUUUCUCUUUUAUCUGUUCUGAAAUAGCGUCCGGUAUAGGUAUAUUGCUGAUUUGUAUAAAACAAUGUCUACAGUGUCAGACAACACUCAUUUUUACCACGGGGAGACAGUUUAUAGAAGAACGCAAGUUGGUGGAAGCAUGCCCAACUCUCCUAAAACCUCUCUCUGUUUCAUAUCAAAGUGUCGUUAUGGAUUUUCAUUUGGACGCAAUAUACAGGGACACCAGAUUAUAAUAAUUUACUGGGUUAGUAAAGGAACCAUAGUUAACCAUGAACAAUAUUUAUAAACCUAUUUUGAUGUAAGUGUUGCAUAUACAGAACACUUCUUUUGGGUGGGGUGGUGGGAAGUAAGGGGA